GGACAGCAGACAGCCCAUACAAUCUUCACUUUCAACAGCAGAGAAGGCACCAACCAAGCUAUCAAAUUUGGUCUCUCAGUAGUGAGAAAGAAAGUAUAUGACAGGAAGCUCUUACCAGAACCAACCAGAUGUCUCAAGUGCCAUUCUUUCGAUGGCAACCAUGUAGUAGCGGAAUGCCCCAAAGAACAGGACACUUGUGGAACAUGCAGAGCACAACACCAGACCACAGAGUGCAGAGUGGACAACCCCGAAUUCUUCUACUGUUUGAACUGUGACAUCCAUGGGCAUGCAUCCUGGAGCAGGGAAUGCCCAACAUUCAUC